CAUUCAUAUCAACACCGCCAAUUCAAAUGACACAGAGACCUCAGCUGGGACAGCACUCAGGGAUAUGACAAGUCUACAAAGUCAUCGCAUUUCUGAUGCUGAGCUAUCUGAACAGAAGCCCCCCGGUAAAAUUGUUGUUUUGAACGGUUUCCCAGGCACAGGGAAACUUACCAUCCUCCAACACCUCAAGAAGUUCCUCCCAAGUGACACAACAUGUCUGCUUGACAAUCACUUACUUAUCGACCCUGUUGCUGCAGUCAUUCCUGAUCGAAUGUUGUGAUCAAGGCAGUAUUGCUGUACACUAGCGGGAACGUAUAUAAACAUGCAAGAGUUGAUAUCGGUUCCGCCCAAAAGUACGAGGUUUGACCGGUGCUAGACCUCCAACUGGAUCGCGUUGGUAAGAUCUAGUCUCUCGUCAACCAACCUACCCAGGCUGUUCUUUCCAUGACGUUUGAUGAGGGACCAGACUUUCAACGCAUUGAAAGCCUUAGAUCCAGUAAAGGGGCUGGUCCCCCCUUAAUGGCCAUUGCGCGUUGGGGAUUGAGUCUGAAUUGGUCAAGAGGGUGACUUGGGUACUGGGCUCUCGAAACAGGACCAAAGAGCAGUCGUAGGGAAUUUGUAUUGUUUG